CUGGCCCGCAUCCAAUCGAUCUGGUCCCACUGCGCAGUACUUAUAAAACCUUUCUCCUCUGAAGCUGCUCUUCUGGCCUUCUUCCCGACCGAGAGGCGAGAGCCCAAACCCGCGCAGUCAAGAUUUCUCGUCGUCGUCGGCAAUCGGCAGCGUCAAGACAAGAACUCGAACCCCUUCGCCGCUUCCCCUCUCUUCCUGUUGCUCCCCGCCGCGCCGUCGUACGAUCUCCUGAUCCGCCGGGCGCUCACGUCGACCACAUUUGCGCCCGCCACCGUGCACCGCUGCCUCCAGAGCGUCUCAGCUGCCAAAUCUUCAGUGACAUAUUUGUUACUACCUGCUAGACUCCAAGAAAGGGUUGGUUCUUUCAGUGUGGUUUCCAAUGGAGAAAAAGGGGCCUCAGGCCCUCACAGCAACUGAGCUGAAUGCUGCCGUGUACAGAUACCUCCAGGAAUCAGGAUUUGUGCAUACAGCAUUCAAUUUCUUCUACGAGGCAGGCAUUGGAAAAGGCAACAUACAGGAAAUGCUCCCGCAAGGUGCCUUGGUCAGAAUCAUGCAGAAAGGUCUUCAGUCCAUUGAACUUGAAGCAAAUUCUGAGAUUGGCAGCGAUGAGGAGCACCACUUUUUUGAAUCUCUGGACUUAAUGACCAAUGAUUUAGAUGAGCUGACAAAGAAAAUUACCAGCAGUGUGAAGCAUAGUUCUGAGCAGAAAAUCGAUUUAGUUGAGACUGACAAAGCGCAGAAUAUUGGUGCUGCUGAGACUACCACAACUUAUAAGGCUGCACAGAACAGCAAACCUGAUGGGACAGCUACGAUGGUCAGAACUCAGCCAGUGAAGCAUACGAAGGCAAAAAACAUCAGUUCUGCUGAGACUAUGCAAAAGACUGGUUCUGUUGAGACUACCACAAGACCGGGGUUGCCUGUUUCAUGGAAAGUGAAGAAAUUUAGACUCAGAAGACGAAAGGAUUGAAAGCUAGACAAGUGAAGGGAUUGAAGUUAGACAUUAAAAUCCGUUGCUGAUUCAGAGCGUGGAGAUUUGAUAAGGAUGCUUAAAAUACUAUCAGAAUAUCAAUACAUCAAAUUUAUGACAGAUACCAUUCAGUUUCUGAUUUAGUAGGCAGUAUAUGGAAGUACAUAUGGCAUGGCUGCAUUUUCACAGGCUAACAAGCAGUUUUACAACUCGUAUACCUGGGAUGGAUGAAUUUGUGCUUGCCAAUACGUUAGUAAGCAUGUUAAAGGAUAAUUGACAAUGUGCAAAGCCUAAAUGAUUACUAGUGCAUUUUUUUGAUAUUUCAUUUGACAGCAGCAUUGUAUGGUAAGAUUGUGUACUUGUGUAGUAGUGCACUGCUUUUGUAAAUCAGAUAGGUUCUCCUUCCCCCUCUUGUAGUAUGAGCACUGUCGUGUAACCAAACUUUCGUACCUUUUAUAACUUUUUUGAGAAUUUUUCA